AUAAGUUACUAGCUGAAUUCGAUUUUUGAUUUUGGGGAAUUUGUACGUAGAAGAAGAUGAAGGCAUCGAUGAAGUUUCGUGAAGAGCAAAAGCCUCUUUUUAGGGCUAAGGUUCCUUUGAGUAUCUUAGGUUUACCUUUUCAAUCUGGUAUCGUCGCCGGAGAAUCCAAGGAGCUCAGUCUCAAUCUCUCCACUUUCUUCGAAUCUGGACCUUCUCUCAAAGUCGCUUACCGUCCAAACGAUUCGUGGAACCCUUUCUCUCUAAUCGUCAAAACCGGAUCGGGAUCGUUCGGUUCUCCGAUUUCAAGCUCUAUGCUCAUGAGCGCUGAAUUCAAUCUCUUAGGUAAAGGAAACCCUAGCUUUAUGCUUCACUUCAAACCUCAAUUCGGCGAUUUCUCUAUCAAAAAGUCUCAUUCGUCGUCUCAAACAAAUCUGAUCAAAUCGAUGAAUGGAUCUGUUUCGGAAGAUGAUUCUUCGAUUGAGGUCGUGGAUACUCCAGCGGUCAAUGGAUGCGGCGGAGGAUUUAGGAAAGUAACGGUUCUGCCGUCAACUUCUGCUGGAGAUAUUGCUGGAUUGUUAUCCGGCGUUGAGGUUGCGGCGAGGACGUCUUUGCCUGUGAGAGGACGCGCCGUUUUGAAUUUCCGGUGGGGCGUUAGGGUUCCUACGGAGAUCAGACGCGAUUUCGAUCCAACGGCUGCGAUUUCCCUGAGGAGAUUCCCCUUUUUAGUGAUGAAUAAAAUCGGAAUCGAACACGUGGACGGCUCAGAUGCAAAAGUGACCAAAUCCUCGAGCGAUUCGGGUCAGCUCACACCAAGUGGUGACGUGGCGGAGGUUUGUUUGGCCGUGAAUCGGCAGAUGGAGGAGCUUCGAACGGAGAACAAACAGUUAAAGAGAGCCGUCGAAGAUCUCCGGGAAGUAAUAUCAAACGUCCGUCCAUACUCGCCGGCUACUAUUGAUUACGGAUCACACUCAAAAUACCGCGAACCCGAGAGGAGCAACAACAAUGGGAGAUCGAGAGCUGAUCGGUGGAGCAGCGAGAGAACUACGACGUCUGAUUACGGCGGAAAGAAAAGCAAGGAAGAGGGCGAUGUGGCUGAGGAGCUGAAGAAAGCUUUAAAAGGAGCCGCUUGAAGCUUCUAUGGCGGCUAUUUGGUAAUCACAGGCUUUAUUCGAAUUCCACUACAUUUGUCGACUUAAUCAGCUAUGGCUUUUGUAUAUAUGUGCGUUGAAUCUUCUGGAUUAGAUAUGCAGAACUUGUUUUGAAUCUUUUGAUGGAAUCUUCAGAGUUUUAUAUGAGAUUAUGCUUUUGAACUAGA